GGAACACAAUGCUGCUAUCGCCAUUCGCGCUGGGUAGGGUUUUAGCGAUGGCGCCCGAUUGAAAUCCUCUCUCGAUCUCUCUCCUCCGAUCGUCAUGUUCGCUUGGAUUUCGUGGAUUCUCGGCAGCAUCUUCGGCGCCAGGAGCGAGCAGCUCGUUGACAAGCUCGACAUUCCAGCGGAUUCCAAGCGCUUCGUCGCCGCAUUGCGCGUGCCGGAUGAUCCCUCGUGCAUUGUCUACCUCCUCACGGCGCAGGUACUCUCGGAAAGAUCAGUGAGGGAUGUGAAGCAGCUUGUCGCGGCUGCGAGGCCGCAUGCCGUGCUCGCGGCCGUGCAAUCGCACCGGAUGCUGGAAUUUCUCGAGGAGGAGCGGAUCGCCAGCGAUUUAGAUCACGGCGUCGUUGUGCCGGAUUCUUUUCUCGACGCCUUCACGGAUUUCUCUACCAGGGGUUACAGCAGCGAAAGCUUGGCGGUUUUCGACUUCCAGAGGAUCAUCUUUGGAACGACGUAUCAUGGCUAUGUUCUGGCGGCGAAGCACGCAGCGCUCCAGUCCGGAUCCAACUUCGGCGUUCUUCAGGUCUUUCUCGCGGAUGCUCCGGAAGCACAGCACCAAAGUCCGGACAACUGGAGUCUCGCAUUCUCGCGCCAUCUGCCAUCGACCAGCCGCCCGGAAUUCGCUGCUUCGUUCUUCCCGAUCUUUCUCAUGCUCGACCAGCUCAACGAUAGCAUCUGGCCUCGCACUCACGGAUCCAAUGCCGUCGCUGCGGCCGAGAGGAUCAUCGCCGACACCGCCGCAGGGAAGGAAGUAAGCAGAGAGUUGCUCGACUCGGUUCUUGGAUUCAGGGUGACGCUCGAGUACUUCCGGCUGUUACAACACGAUAUCUCGAGACGAAUAGCCAUGAACGCUCCGCCACCUUUUGCUUCGUCCUACACCGGGCUUCCAGACCAGGAAAAAUGCGAGGUGCUUCUCACGCAAGCUCUACAGAGGCAGGCCAAGCGGUCCAAAGUCGUGGUGGCGGUCUUGGAUGGAUCGCAGGUUUUGGGAGUUCGGAAAUACUGGAACGUCUUGGUGCCACCCGAAGCCGCAGCCAUGUCCGACUCCUUCUUGUUCUCGGCUGGGGAUGAUACAACCAGCACGGAAUUGGACGAAGCUGGGGGUAACUUAGUGGCACUGGGAGCUGGGGCUGCUGUGGUUGCCGGGGCUACGAAGUUUCUCUCGAGCAAGGCUCCCGUUCUUGCUAAGCUUCCAUGGGCGCCAUUCUCGCCAGCGCGCUCUUCGAUCGUCCGAGCUUUCGUCGGGCUCGCAAAGAGAAAGAGCAUCGGGGCAGUGCACUGGUCCUUCUACGGUCUCAUGCGCCAGCGCACGGGGAUGUCUUCGCUGAGGCGGCCGUGGGUGGUGUUUGGAGGAAGCGUUCUAACCGCGGUGGGACUGUUCUACGCGGACGACCAGAUCGGGGGUGCUGUGGAAGCGGUUCCAUCGGCGAUCUCGGUGGCUCGACUCGGAAGGGGGCUCAAGAACUUGAAGAGGACUGCUGCCGAGGCCAACAGUGAGACAGUGGACGAUCUCUACGGCCCAGCGUAUCGAGCUCCCAGGCUGUUCGACUGAGAUUUCGUCCAAGCUCGCAAUCACGGUAGCACAGGGAUGUACAUAGACCACGCCAAGGUUCUACUCAAAAUCUUUUCGGCACAAGAAAAAACGAAAGAGAUAUAGAAGAAAGCUCAUUUUUGUGAAACUCGAAGAGCUAGUCGAAUUUUAAAUUUGAAAUUGCCCGCCAA